CGGGCGCCGCCCAGCGCCGAGGCUUUCCUGCUGGUGGCGACCGCCUACGAGACGCUCAAGGAUGAGGAAACUCGAAAAGAUUACGACUACAUGCUGGAUCAUCCAGAAGAAUACUACAGCCAUUACUACCACUACUAUAGCAGGCGCUUAGCCCCUAAAGUGGAUGUUAGAGUAGUGAUUUUGGUCAGUGUGUGUGCUGUUUCAAUGUUUCAGUACUUCAGCUGGUGGAAUAGCUACAAUAAAGCAAUCAGCUACUUAGCCACAGUGCCCAAAUACCGAAUCCAGGCAACAGAGAUCGCCAAGCAGCAGGGACUGCUCAAAAAAGCCAAAGAAAAAGGCAGAAACAAGAAGUCCAAAGAGGAAGUUCGUGAUGAGGAGGAGAACAUCAUAAAGAACAUUAUAAAAAGUAAAAUAGAUAUAAAAGGAGGCUACCAGAAACCUCAAAUACGAGAUCUGCUGCUGUUUCAAAUCCUCUUGGCUCCCUUUCACCUGUGCUCAUACAUAGCUUGGUAUUGCCGGUGGAUCUAUAAUUUUAACAUCAAAGGCAAAGAAUAUGGGGAGGAAGAGAGACUAUACAUCAUUCGUAAGUCUAUGAAGAUGUCACAAUCCCAGUUUGAUAGCCUAGAAGAUCAUCAGAAAGAAACUUUUCUUAAACGGGAGCUCUGGAUAAAGGAGAAUUAUGAGGUGUACAAACAAGAACAAGAGGAAGAAUUAAAGAAAAAAUUGGCAAAUGACCCUCGAUGGAAGAGAUACAGGAGAUGGAUGAAGAAUGAAGGCCCUGGGAGGCUCACAUUUGUGGAUGACUGAAGACGACCAGAAGCCAACAGCCAGCACCUGCCCACCUUCAUUGUGAUGUGCUUUCCAUAACAAAUAUGUCACCUGUUCCUCAGUAGUAACCGAAAUCUGCCAAAUAUUUGAUUAAACAGAAUAAUGUAGAAGUUUCAACCUUCCCUUCAAACUUUAGACCUAAGACAUUUAUGAUGGUUCAAUUUUUAUAAUCUUUGUGAAUUUGUUAAAAGAUUUGACAUGAGAAUUUAUUAGUUGCCAUUAAAAUUUUUUAUGUUUAGUUAAAAUUUUUGACAUGAAAAUUUAUUAGAUACCAUUUAAAUAUUUUGUGUAUUGUGUUUAUUCUUUAAUAUGAGUGUCCCCUUAUUUGUCAUACAUUUUUCUGCUUUAGUGGCCUCUUUUCACAUAACAGCGUUUAAUUAUAUUAUUGUGUCUUUCUGGACACAUUUCUUUAGCAGAAGUUUUCAACAGUCAUGUUGUCUUCAUAAUGAGUCACUGUAGGAUUGAAUAUGUUUACAACAGCCUCUCUAGGAGAGUCCUCUGCUAGGGCUUGUGCUCUCUUACUGCGCCAUCAUCUCAGUGUGUGUGCCAGGACCUGAGGCUCUCCGCGAGAGUGUCUACCCUGUGUCCUUGUAGGAUGAUCUCAUUACAGUCUCAUUUAUAGGACUAAAACUACGUGCAAAAUUUCUACAGAAGGGAAACUUAUAGAAACAAUCAUUCAUACCAUAGGAUUGGUCUUUUUUUUUUUAAUCCUCUCACAAGAAGAGAAAAAGGAUACUGGGGAGUUGUUCUACAAAGUUCUUAAGUGGUGAAAAUUCCAUUGUACACGAGAGCAUUUACAUGCAUUGAAACUAGGAAGAAAAUAUGCAUGUCUGUGUGCUGUUCUCUCACCCACUGAAAUAUAUAAAUGUUUUUUAUACUGUGGAAAAGCAAAUGAAACAUUUUGACUGAAUCAAACAUGGUAUGGCACCCGAAUAUUAAUAAUCCUUCAUGGUAGUGAAUCAGUAUUCCUACUGUUUCAUGUUAAUAAAAUGGUUGUAAUAUGU